AUGGAGAGAGCCAGGCCAGAGCCACCGCCUCAGCCCCGCCAACUGCCGCGGGCGACCCCGCCGCGCCCACUGCGCCCAGCUCCGCCCCCGCUGCCAGUCGAGGGCACCCCGUUUCGGGCAGUGGCCGUCGAGCCCCCUUCGUCGCCGCCCGCCCCGUGCGCAGCCGCCAUUGCAACCGUGGCCUCGUCGUGCGGGGAGGCUCCGGCGUCGGGGGUACUGCCCUCGGCGCGGCGGCUACUACACGUGAAGCCAGAGCAGGUGUUGCUACUGUCGCCAGGGCCACCGCUGCCCCAGGCCUGGGACGAAGGCGCCGCCGCCUCGCCCGCGCAGGCGCGACUGCUACAGCUGAGACCUGAGCUGCUGCUGCUUCCACCGCUGCCACCCACUUCGGACGGCGCCCCCUGCAGUCCAGAGUUGCACCCUAUGCAGCCCCGGGCCCUGCACGUCAAGGCUGAGAAGCAGGAGCCUGGGCCUAGCUUGGAUCCUUUGGCGGGGCCUGGGAGGUCCAUCGAGGCAAGCCAUAGGGCCUCCAGGGUGGCCAAGGUGGAAGGCCCUGGGCUGGCUCUCGACAGCUGCCGAUGGGACGAGAAGGGCAAACUGGAGGCGGAGGAGGUCAUGAGGGACGAGGUGAACGGCGGGGAAGGCAAAAGCUUGACUGCCGUCAGAGAAGGAAUCAUCAAAACGGAGGAGCCUGAGAGACUCCACGAGGACUGCAGGCUUGACGCGGAGUCCGCGUCUAAUGGACUGGUCCAUGGCAGCAAGGAGGUCAUCCUGGCCCAGCCGUCCAGCGCCUUUGGGCCGCACCAGCAAGACCUCAGGAUCCCUUUGACUCUUCAUACCGUCCCCCCUGGGGCACGGAUCCAGUUUCAGGGACCUCCAACUUCAGAGCUGAUCCGAUUGACCAAGGUCCCCUUGACACCAGUGCCUAUUAAAAUGCAAUCCUUACUGGAGCCUUCUGUAAAAAUUGAAACCAAAGAUGUCCCGCUCACCGUGCUUCCCUCAGAUGCAGGAAUACCAGAUACUCCCUUCAGUAAGGACAGAAAUGGUCAUGUGAAGCGACCCAUGAAUGCAUUUAUGGUUUGGGCAAGGAUCCACCGGCCAGCACUAGCCAAAGCUAACCCAGCAGCCAACAAUGCAGAAAUCAGUGUCCAGCUCGGGUUAGAAUGGAACAAACUUAGUGAAGAACAAAAGAAACCUUAUUAUGAUGAAGCACAAAAGAUUAAAGAAAAACACAGAGAGGAAUUUCCUGGUUGGGUUUAUCAGCCUCGGCCAGGGAAGCGAAAACGCUUCCCUCUAAGUGUUUCCAGUGUAUUUUCUGGUACCACACAGAAUAUCAUCUCUACAAAUCCUACAACAAUUUAUCCUUAUCGCUCACCUACCUACUCUAUGGUAAUUCCCAGCCUACAGAACACCAUCACUCAUCCAGUUGGUGAAGCCCCACCUGCCACCCAGCUGCCCACACCUGCAGUGCAGCACCCAAGCCCCAUCACACUUUUCCAGCCCAGCGUCUCCGCCACUGCCCAGGUGGCCCUCCAGGCUCCAAGUCUGCCCCUCCGCCCAGCACUCCCACCACAGCGCUUUGCUGGGCCCUCCCAAACGGACACUCACCAGCUGCCUUCCGGAGAAAACCGCUCUGUGAAGAGACCCACACCUGUCUCUCUGCAGAGCACCAGGAUUCCAACUAGUGCAAGUACUGCGCACGUCAGAUUCACAACCUCGACCAUCCCGCCUCCCAAGGAGUAUCCCAGUGUUUCCACUUGCCCCAGAAGUACUCCAAUCCCCCAGGCUCCGCCUAUCCCACACCCCCACAUCUACCAGCCUCCUCCCCUUGGCCAUCCCGCCACGCUGUUUGGGACACCACCGCGCUUCUCUUUUCAUCACCCUUACUUCCUACCUGGACCUCACUACUUCCCAUCAAGCACGUGCCCUUAUAGUCGGCCUCCUUUUGGCUAUGGAAAUUUUCCAAGUUCAAUGCCAGAAUGCCUUGGUUAUUAUGAAGACAGGUACCAAAAACAUGAGGCUAUGUUUUCAGCUUUAAAUAGAGACUAUUCUUUUAGAGACUACCCAGAUGAACGCACGCACAGUGAAGAUUCUCGGAGUUGUGAGAGCAUGGAUGGGACCCCUUACUAUAGCAGUCAUGGCCACGGUGGGGAAGAAUACCUGACUCCCACGCCUCAGCUGGACAUCGGAACCUUGGAGAAUGACUUCUCAGCCCCGACAUCAACUCCCUCUAACAUUCAGCAAGUCAAUGUCACCGAUAGUGAUGAGGAGGAAGAAGAAAAAGUGCUCAGGAAUUUAUAAUUUUAAAACAAAUAUGCACAAAAAAUAAACAUUUCUUAAAAUAUAUUCUGGGUCAGUUGGUGUGAGAAAAAAAGCCUAGAAUGUUUUGCUGAGAGUUUUCGAGCCAUGAUUCGAGGAGUCAAACCAAACUCAAUUUAUGCCUUCAUAAAGUUUUUAUUAGUGAAACUGGAGUCCCGAUGUUUCAUCGUAGGAAUAUUUAAGAUAUGAAGUAGUUUAUUUUAAGGUGGAAAUUUGCAUCAGUAUAUAUUAUCAUUACUUUAUCUUGGAAUGUGCAAAAUACCCAAACCUCACAAUUAUGUGAGGGAAAAGGGAGCAUAUAUCUGGCAUGACAAGUGUGAUUGUAUUUUACCUCGGGAUACAUUUAUUUACUUUUCUUACAUGAUUUUUUUGUUUGGUGUUUAUGUAAUCCUUAUGGAUGUUGUCAAUUUUUAUGUACCAUUUUGAAAAUACUAUGAUAACUUUUAGUAGUGCAUUGGGACUCAGUUACUAAAUUUAAUUUACUCUGAUAACCAGUUAUAAAUUGAGAAUGUGUCUUAACAGCACCUGGGUAAUUCCUUCUGCUAAAUUAGUCGUUUCUGUUUGGAAACAUUUUCAUCAUCUUUUGUGGAUAUCUUUUUCCAUUUGGUAUACAUUGUUCUACUUUUGUUAUAAUUAAAUAAACAGAAAAAAUUGUU